AUGAAGUUAAAGAAGGAAUUGCGCGCUGUGAAGGAGAUAAACGAGCAGGCUCGUAGGGAGAGGGAGGAACAGGAUAGGAUGAAGCAACAGCAACAAGAAAAGCAAGCGAAGCUGGAGAGCCAGCAUCAUGGCCACCACGUGACUCAUCACCACGAUCCCAUGAAGAUGCCUAUAGACAAAGGCUCCAGCGACAUCCUCAAAGUGAACAAAGUGCCGACGUAA